CCCCAAUAAUGCCAAACAUCACACGCUAAGCCUGCCUGCUCUGCUAAUCCCCCUACGCAACACAAUCCCCUUCUCUCCUUCCCCGGAAGAAGAACAAAGAGCAGCUGAGGCGAGCAAGCAAAGGCAACACCAAGAAAGCAUCCAAGAUCUCUCUCUCUCUCUCUCUCUCUCUCUCUCUCUCUCUCUCCCUCCCUUCCACAACGCUCGCCUCUGUUCGUCCUCCUCAUCCGCAACCACCCCGAAGGCCCAACCAAGAUCCACAGAUGGAUUGUUCCAAUGGUGAGGUUCAGCAUCAGUGGAUGGAGGAUGUCAAGUCAGGAGGAGCAGUCCCAUUUCUUGACCCUGACAACUGCCCCAAUGGCUGGGCUACUCCCCCAGGGGACACAUUCAUGGUCAGAGGCCCUGAUUAUCUUGCAACCAAGGUGAAGAUACCAGGUGGGGAGUAUCUUCUAAAGCCUCUCGGGUUUGAUUGGAUGAAAAGCCCCGCGAAGAUAUGCGAGAUUCUGAAUAACAAGAGUCAUCGUGUGAGGAAAGCCAUCGACGGCGAGGUUUUGCGUGGUAAUCAGCCUUUCGUCUGGGCUUUCAACCUGCAACUGCCCAGCAAGGAUAAUUACAGUGCUAUAUUCUACUUUGUGUCGCUGGAGCCGGUACCGGAAGGCUCACUUAUGGAUCAGUUCUUGAAAGGAGAUGAGGCUUUCCGGAAAUCUAGGCUUAAGCUAAUCGCGAACAUAGUUAGAGGGCCUUGGAUUGUUCGAACAGCUGUGGGAGAACAAGCUAUUUGCAUAUUGGGUAGGGCUCUUACGUGCAAGUAUACUCAGGGAUCAAACUUCAUUGAAAUCGAUGUGGAUGUUGGAUCUUCUAUUGUCGCAAACGCAAUUGUUCAUUUGGCGUUUGGUUACGUGCAGACGCUAACAGUAGAUCUAGCAUUCCUUAUUGAGGGUCAGACCGAAUCAGAGCUCCCCGAGAGACUUCUUGGAGCUGUGAGGUUCUCUGAGUUGAAUCCGGGUUCGGCUGGUGUGUAUGAAGUGCCAUCUGAGGAGCAACAAGAAAGUGCGCCUUUUCUGCCGGCAAGAUUGUGGCAGGGUUUUUCAAACAUGUUACAUAACCCUGGAAAUUCCAGGGAGCCAUCCUCUACUUCACAAAGCACUAAUGGGAGUUUACACAAAGAAGAUGCGGAUGAGAAUACUAGAGAAAGUUUGCACAAAGAAGAUGUGGAUGACAAUACUGCUGGGAGCUUGCUCAAAGAAGAUGGGUACGAGAGUGCUACCGGGAGUUUUGACAAAGAAGAUACAGAAGAGGACUCUAACGGGAGUUUGCACAAUGGAGAUGCUGAUGAAAACACUAAAUGAUUUUCUUGAAUCUCCUACCAGUGGAACUUGAUGCAGCUGCACUGUCGUCGAAACUCCAAAAAGGAUAUCUUCAUUAGUUGGGGUUAAUAUAUUAGUCCACCAUUGUGUUGCAAUUCGUUGAAACGAUGAUCAGGCUCAGGUAGCUAUUCUCCAUGUUAUCAUGACCCUGACUGGGGCUUUCUUGUGUGCCCCCACAUCUGUUGUAAAAAUUAUGCAUACUCCAUUACCCUGUACAUAUUACAUUCAAAUGCAGAAAUUGUUAUGUGUGUCCCAUUCUCGUCUGGAAAAAAAUGUAAACUGAAUGGAAUCAAAUGCAGAGAAGAUGGGGGUAUUCAGAAAAUUGUACAUUGAAUGCAAUCAAAUUGUACAUAAAUCUGAAUUACAUGAAACUGAAUGGGAAUGUUUUAUGGAA